AUGGGGAAGGGAUGGAUCUGGGAGGUACCCAGCCUCUCCCUGCUGCUGGUGGUGAUUCUUCUUCCUCGGACUUCCUUGGCUAAUUACACCGAACCGCAAUACUUGAUCCUGGUGCCCUCUGUGAUCCACACACAGACCUCUGAGAAGGUUUGUGUCCAGAUGCUCCAUUUCAACGAGACCUUGACUUUGAGCAUCACCAUGGAAUUUGAGGACAAGAACAUAAGCUUGACUGAAGUGAACAUGAUGGUUGAGAAGGAUAUCUUCCAAUGUAUUUCCUUCCAGCUUCCCAAGUUGAAUCAUUCCUCAAGGUAUCCCAGCCCUACAGACCCUCCCAAGGUCCUUCUCAGGGUGGCACUGAAGGGAAAAAGUUUGAACGUGACACAACAAGAACUGGUCGUGGUCAGAAACCCAAGUGACCUACUCUUUGUUCAGACAGACAAGCCCAUCUACAAGGCAGGACAGGAAGUGAAGAUUCGCAUCGUUUGUCUGCAUGAAGACUUUCGCCCCGCAAAUAAGAAGAUUCCUUUAAUUUACAUCCAGGACCCCAGGAAGAAUCGUCUGUUCCAGUGGAAUGAUGUUAAGCUAAACAUGGGCCUCACCCAGCUGUCUUUCCCUCUGUCUUCUGAGCCCGCCUUAGGCACCUACAAAUUGGUGAUAGAAAAAUCUUCCAGGAAGAUUGCCGGGCACACAUUUCAUGUGGAAGAAUAUGUAUUACCCAAAUUUAAAGUUUUGGUGACGGGACCAAAGCAAAUCUCAGUCUGGACCGGAAAAUUUGAAAUAACCGUUUGUGGGAAGUACACCUAUGGGAAACCUGUCCCUGGCCUAGUGAAAAUGACUGUCUGCCGUCGUUAUAUGCAACAUUAUUCAUGUCCAGAGACAGAGCUGAAUCUGUGUGAAGAGUACAGUGGAGAGGCGAAUGGACAAGGGUGUUUCUCUCAGGUGGUAGAAACCAAGAUGUUUCAUCUGAAGCAAAAUGGUUUGGAAAUGCAUAUUAAGGCGGAAGGCAAGAUCAUUGAAGAAGGCACAGGGGUGGAAAUGACAGAGAUGAGCACCAUAAGCAUCACUUCAACAGCCAGCAAACUGAGCUUUGAAAAUGCAGAGCCUUAUUAUAAGCCUGGGAUCCCCCUUUUCCUGCAGAUGAAACUGGUGGAUGGUAUGGAUGUGCUGAUGGCUAACAAGACCAUUCAGAUUACAGGACCUUCAGUGAAAUAUACAGCCAAGUACACAACCAAUGAGGAAGGACGAAUACAGUUUUCCAUAGAUACAUCUAAUUUCACAGAGGACUCCAUCAAUUUUCAGGGAGUUUACAAAGAAAAUCAAUGGUGUGACAAUUCAGUCUCCAUUUAUCACCGACGUGCCUCGCACUUAGUGUACCGAUUUUAUUCACCAAGUCAAAGUUACCUCCACAUUGAGCCUCUGCCAAAAACAUUGAGCUGUGGUGACACAGAGCAGAUUCGAGUGCAUUUCAUCUUGGAUCCAAAUGCGGUGAAGAAGGAAAUUAUCUUUCAUUAUUUGGUGAUGGCAAAGGGAGACAUCAUACGAGCAGGGACACACACACAGCCGAUGGAGGGAAAAGAACCCAAAGGAGACUUCCUUUUGAGUCUCUCGGUGGAUGUCGACACGGCUCCCGUGACCCGCUUGCUCCUCUACACCAUUUUGCCCAACGGAGAACUUGUUGCUCACUCCAGAGACUUCACUGUAGAAAAGUGCUUCUCCAACAAGGCCAGACUCUGGUUCUCUGAUCAAGAAGGCCUGCCUGGGCAGAAAACCCAACUCCAUAUUGCUGCUUCCUCUGGCUCCCUCUGUGCUUUCCAUGCUGUUGACCAGAGUGUCUUUCUCUUGAAACCCGAAGCCCAGCUCUCCCCUGAGAAGAUCUAUAACUUGCUCCCAGGCUCUUUAUAUGACAGACACUUUGCGAGUGAAUGGGAUAGAAGACCAUGCAUCAAAAUGAAAAACAUCGAAGAGGGUGGUAUCCAGUAUCGCCCUGUUCCUUUUUCUGAUGGGGAAGCUGAUGUUUUCAAAAUUCUUAAGGACUUGGGUUUAAAAGUUUUUACUAGCACUAAAAUACGCAAGCCGAAUAUAUGUCGGGUUACCCCAUUUUUUCCACGCUAUUAUGAUUUUGCCCCUGUACCAUUGUCAGGUGCCCCAGGACCGAUGGCUUUUCCAGGUGCUUACCGCUCAUUUAGUUCUCCCAUGAUCAUGACCUCUGCCAAUGUAAUUACGCCUGUUGAGACUAUCAGAUUGGAGUUCCCUGAAACCUGGCUAUGGGAUUUGGUGAUAAUAGAGGAUUCUAAAAACGUGUCUCUUCCUGUCACCAUCCCGGACACCAUCACCGAAUGGAAAGCUGGAGCUUUCUGUCUUUCAGCAGACACCGGCUUCGGCCUGGCCCAGCCCACUUCUCUGAAGGCCUUUCAGCCAUUCUUCAUUGAACUCACCAUGCCCUAUUCCGUGGUGCGAGGAGAAGCCUUCCCACUCAAAGCAACCGUCUUCUCUUACCAGACUCACUGCAUCCAGGUCACAAUAUCUCUAGCUCCUUCUGCUGACUUUGAGGCAACUGCUAUGGACAAACAGCAAGAAUCUUACUGCAUUUGUGCAAAUGGGAGGAGAACGGUGUCCUGGAUGGUGACCCCCAAAUCACUUGGCAAAGUGAAUUUCACAGCCAGUGCCGAGGCCAUGAGCUCAGAUCAGCUCUGUGGGAAUGAAAUAGUGGAGGUGCCCAGCAUGAAGCGAAAAGAUGUUGUGAUCAAAACGCUUUUAGUUGAGCCUGAAGGGAUUGAGAAAGAGGUGGUCUUCAACUCACUUCUCUGUUCUGAUGGAGAUGUACAGUCAGAACCUCUUUCUUUGAGGGUGCCAGAAAAUGUUGUGGAAGGCUCUGCCAGGGCAACCUUUUGUGUACUUGGAGACAUCCUCGGGGGAGCGAUACAGAACCUUCAUCAGCUUCUCAAGAUGCCCUAUGGCUGUGGGGAGCAGAACAUGGCCCUCUUUGCCCCCAAUAUCUACAUCCUGAACUACCUCAAUAAGACUGGACAACUGACUGAGGAGAUCAAAUCCAAGGCCAUCGGAUACUUACUGGCAGGCUAUCAAAGGCAACUGAACUACAAGCAUUCUGAUGGUUCCUACAGCACCUUUGGAGAAAUGAGCUCAGAGGAAGGAAAUACCUGGUUGACAGCUUUUGCGCUGAAGAGUUUCACUCAGGCGGUGCCCUACAUCCCCGUGCAACAAAAUUAUAUCACUGAUGCUCAGACUUCACUGGCACUCAGGCAGUUGGAAGAUGGUUCCUUCCUACAAAGAGGGUCUCUGCUGAACAACGCACUAAAGGGUGGGGUUGAUGAUGAGAUUUCUCUUUCGGCCUAUAUCACCAUAGCUUUGCUGGAAAUGCCUCUGCCUCGCACACACCUUUUGGUACGAAACGCCUUGCAUUUCCUGGAGACGGCAUCUCAAGCAGAAGAGAUCCAUAUUUACUCCCGGGCUCUGAUGGCGUACACCUUUACUUUGGCCGGGAAUGAGGAGAGGAGGCAAGCAAUGUUGGAGUCCCUUCAAAAACUAGCUGUGAAGGAAGAGGAUGGCUCCAUCCACUGGGAGAGACCUGAGAAGCAGAAGAAGACCCCCGAUCUUCCAUAUUACCAACCCCUUGCUCCCUCUGCUGAGGUAGAGUUGACCGCCUACGUUCUCCUUUCUUACGUGGCCAAAGAACCAUCCCCGUUCCAGGAAGAAUUAACGACAGCAACUGCCAUUGUCAAAUGGUUGGCCAACCAACAGAAUCCCAAUGGAGGAUUCUCUUCGACACAGGAUACGGUGGUGGCUCUCCAGGCCCUCAGCCAGUACAAGACAAUUACUUAUUCCAAGGAUGGAGUUGACGCCAGAGUGACCUUGAGUUCUGGAGAUGUUGCCCUGACCAAUUUCCAUGUCGACAGCACCAACUCUCUGCUGCUCCAGUGCCAGGAUCUGCCCCAGGUGCCAGGGGACUACACAGCUGAGGUGACCGGUUGCAUCUUUAUGCAGACCAGCUUGAGGUAUAACAUCCAUCCACCCCAGGAGGAGGCGCCAUUCAAGUUGCUGGUGCAGACAAUUCCUCAAAAUUGCACUGGACCUAAAGCCCACCAGACCUUUGACAUUGCUAUCAACGUCAGUUACACUGGCCAACGCAAGGUUUCCAACAUGGCAAUUGUCCAGAUUAAGAUGCUAUCCGGAUAUAUCCCGGUGAAAUCAACUGUAAAGUUGCUAGAAGAACUUCAUUUCGUCCAGCGGGCUGAAAUUUCAGCCACCCAGGUCCUUUUGUAUUUGGAACAGGUCAGCAGUCUAAGCCAGAGUUAUUCCUUCAAGGUCGAGCUUGAGACUCCGGUCCAGGGCCUGAAACCUGCCCCGGUGAAAGCCUACGAUUAUUACGAAACCGAUGACUAUGCCAUCUCGGAGUACAUCGCCCCCUGCAGCACAGGUGGAGUAUAA